AUGGUUUCGAAUAAGGGCAAGGAGAAGGUAAUUGACGGCGGAGGAAAGGGCAAAAGGAAGAGCACCGGCGGAGGCGACGAUGACAAAACUGGCCGGAAGCGGAAGAACCGCGGAGUGCUUCAGUUCUUCGAUGACGCGGCGUACCAGGUUGACGAGGAAGAAGAUUCCAGCGACGAUUCCUUGUUCAGUGUCGACGAUUUUUUUGAAGAUGAAUUUAUCUCACAGCUCCAAAACGAUAAUGAAUCUGCAAAAGGGCCUGAACUUCCUUUUAUAAAAGCUGAGGUGUUAGAGGAGGAAGAAUAUGAUAGAAUGAUGGAAGAACGAUACAAACCUGGAGCUGGUUUUGUUACUAACGUGGAAGAUCGUUAUGAUCAGAAGAGACCCAUUGACAAAAAUUUUUUUGUUUCCUCUGCCAAGGAUCCUGUUGUCUGGAAAGUAAAAUGCAUGGUUGGACGUGAGAGAUAUUCAGCUUUUUGCCUGAUGCAAAAGUUUGUAGACAUGAAUUACUUGGGAAAUAAGCUGCAGAUAAUAUCUGCAUGUGCGGUUGACCAUGUAAAGGGCUUUAUCUUUAUUGAAGCUGAAAAGCAACAAGAUAUCUAUGGGGCAUGUAAAGGGAUCUCCAGUAUAUAUCCAAGUAGAGUGGCGGCUGUUCCUAAUAAUGAAAUCUCUCAUCUUCUGUCAGUCAGAAGCCUGUCAAGUGGAAUAUCAGAGGGAAUGUGGGCCCGUGUCAAGAAUGGGAAAUACAAAGGCGAUCUUGCACAGGUUGUUGCAGUGAAUCAUACUCGGAAGAAAGUCACUGUGAAACUUAUUCCACGGAUAGAUUUGAAAGCGAUGGCUGCAAAAUUUGGUGGAGGAGUUAGUGGUAGGAGGAGUGACGCGCCAGCACAGAGACUGAUCAGCUCCAGCGAGCUUGAGGAGUUCCGUCCUCUUAUCCAAUUUCGUCGAGACCGUGAUACAAACCAGAUGUUUGAGGUUCUUGAUGGGAUGAUGCUAAAGGAUGGUUAUUUGUAUAAAAAGGUGUCACUUGACUCAUUGACUUAUUGGGGUAUAAUGCCUACUGAAGAUGAGCUAUUGAAGUUUGAGCCUUCGAAGAAGGAGGAAUCUACUGAUGUACAGUGGCUAUCUCAACUUUUUGGGGAGAAAAAGAGAAAGGAGGUCAAAAUUGUUAAGGACAAAGGGGGAGGAAAAGCAGAGGGCUCCUCUAGUGCUACUGUGGAGAAUACUUUUGAACUGCAUGAUCUAGUUUUUAUUGGUCGGAAAGACUUCGGUGUUGUCAUUGGCACGGAGAAAGACGAUAGUGUGAAGGUUAUAAAAGAAGGCUCAGAAGGACCAUUGGUGGUUACUGUAAAACAAAAUGAGCUUAAAGGCGCAACUUUUGAUAAGAAAUUGUUUUCUGUUUUGGAUAAGCACUCAAAGACCUUGUCAGUCAAUGAUAAUGUCCGGGUUUUGGAGGGUCCGUUAAAGGAUAGACAAGGAUCUGUUAAAAAGAUCUACAAAGGGAUACUGUUUUUAUACAAUGAAAGUGAAGAGGAGAAUAAUGGUUACAUAUGUGUCAGAGCUCAACUUUGUGAGAAAGUAAAUCUUUCUGGUGAUUUGUCAAAUGAAAAGGGUGGUGACCCAGAGCUUUCAUGUUUUCCUGAUGUAUUGUCAUCACCAAAAUCUCCUCUAUCUCCUGACAAACAAGAGAGGGAUAAUACAAGCAACUUUAAACGUGAUGAUGAUACAAUGUUUUCCGCUGGUCAGUCGGUAAGAAUUCGCGUGGGACCCUUGAAGGGUUUCCGUUGUCGUGUUUUGUCUGUUCGUCGUACUGAUGUCACUGUGAAGCUGGAUUCUCAGCAAAGAAUUCUCACUGUGAAAUGUGAGCAUCUAUCUGAAGUUCGUGAAAGGAAUUCUGCCAUUGCCCAGGGGGAGGAGUUGGGGUCUAUAAAACCAUUUGAUUUUCUCGGGACACAGGAUGGUGCAAGAGACUGGAUGGAUGGGGCAGCAAUCUCAACAGACGGUGAUAACUGGAAUGCGGGUGGAUCUACGGAAAGGUCUUCUUGGUCGGCUUUAACUUCAUCAAAUAUCUCGCUUCCUGGCGGAUCUGGUUCCGGGGAUCCUUUGAAUGAUAACACUAAAGAAGGCGCAGAGGAUUCUUCUUGGCAAAUUAAAGCGACCCCAGAUGACAAUUCAUCAUGGGGUGCAGCUGCAGCCAGUACAAAGCCAAUUUCUGAGACCAGUUUGCUUGAUGGAUGGGGUAAAAAACCUGCUCAGCUUCAGAAUGAUAGUCCGGUUGAGGCUCCCAAAGAUGAUUCUUGGGGUGCGGUUGCCAAGAAACCGAGCACUGAAAACGUGACUUGGGGGGGAAGCAAACCAGCCUGGGGCCAAUCUGGAGUUUCGUCAGGUGAAGAGACUGGUGGUUGGGGUAAUGCUGGUGGUCCGAGCCAACCAGAUACAAGUGCCUGGAAGGACUCUGAUGCACUGGACAAAUCUAAACAAAAAACCUGGAAUGAAACUGCUGCUGGAAGUGAAGGCCAAUGGGGAAACAAAAGCAAUGUCGAUAAGGGUGGUGGUUCAGACGAUUGGGGAAAGGGUGGAUCCACUUGGGGCGCUAAAGUAAACUCUGGCGGAAGUGAGAGCGGUGCAUGGGGAGCCAGUGCACGUGGUGCCACGCCCCAAGUGGACGUGGAAACAGGUGGUUGGUCAAAGACUGCUGAUAAUCCAGACAAUCAAACUAAAAGCUGGGGUGCUGGGAUGGCAAAUGAAGAUGCAACUGGAAAAUCUACAUGGGGAAAACCAGAGGGCACAUCCUCAUGGGGCAAGCAAGAUGGUGGAUCGUCGUGGGGUAAUAAGCCAGAUGGUGGAUCAUCCUGGAAAGGUGAAUCCUCGUGGGGUAAAUCAGCUGAUAAGUCCUCUUGGGGUGGUCAGCAAAAUGAAGGGGACAAAGCUGGCUCUGGAGGAGAUGAAGGAUUUGGUGGGUGGAAGAAUGGUGGGAUGGGAAACAGAGAUGAGAAAGAUGAAGGGAAUAAUAAUAGCUGGGGGAGAUCAAAACCGUUUGAUGGAGGUCGUGGUUCAGGUGGAAGGAGGGGUAGAGGCCGGGGAAGGGGAGGACGGGGGGAUAGUUAUGGUAGGGGGAGUUCGUUCAAUCGGGACCAAUCAUCUGGCUGGAACCAUGAACCUCAAAGUGAUGAUGCAGGAAAGAACUCAAGUUGGAGUAGUCGUCAAGCAGUUGCUUGGGGCAGUACUGCUUCCGAUGAAGUUGGUAAUAAAUUCGAUAGUUGGGGUAAAGCAGAUGCUUCCAACAAGGGCGAGGAAAAUAAGGAUGGCGGAAGUGGGAGUGGAUGGGGUAGUGCAAGUCAAAAUAACAAUUCUGGUGGUAACACAAGUGCUUGGGGUAAAACAUCGAAAGCAAAUGAUGAAUCUGGUGCAGCUAGUUCUUGGGGCAAAGAAAUGAAGCCAGCUGAAAAUAACCAGUCUUCCUGGGGAAACACCAUGACCAAUUCGUCGGGCGAGAACCAAACUUCUGGUUGGGGCAACAAAGGUAACUGGGCUAGCCAGAAAGGAAAUGAAGAGGAAGCUGGCACGGGUAGUUGGGGAAAGAAGAAGCCAAAUGAAGAUAACAACUCAUCUGAUUGGGACUCCUCACGCUAUGGGAAAGACGUGUCGGGUAGCUCAUGGAAGAAUAGUGGUGGUUCAUCAGCUGGAUGGGGCGAGAGCAACUGGUCGAAAAACGAAACAAACACAAGUGGUGGCGAAAACAACCAGGACUCCACCUGGAGCAGCAGAGGCAACUGGAACUCGGACAAUCAAAAUAACACCUUCAGUGGGGACGGCGGACGAGGUGGCGGUUGGAGAGGAGGCCGGGGCGGGAGAGGCGGCGAUCGUGGUGGCUUCCAGGGCAGAGGUGGCGAUCGUGGUGGCUUCCAGGGCAGAGGUGGCGGCAGAGGACGCUUUGGUGGAAGGGAUGGGUCCGAAAGGGGUGGUGGUUUUCGUGGGAGGGGUGGUUUCAGAGGAAGAGGACGUGGGGACUGGAAUAACAGAGGAGAUGACUCAAAUGGUGAUAAAUCCUACAACUGGGGCAAAGAUUCAAACAAUGAUAGCCAGGGGGGAUGGAAAAGUGGUGGGUUCAAUGGAGGAAGUAGUUGGAGCAAUAAGGAGAAUGAUAAAAAUGCAUCCGAGAGCUGGGGCCAACCGAGCAGUUGGAAGAGCGGCUCGAGCUGGAAUGAUUCUAACAAAGAUACUCGUCAAAAUGAGACUGGAGCUGGUGGUGGCUGGGGAGCAUCUGGUGGUGGUUCUGGGAAUGUAGCUCCUGCUGGUUCAGGAGAAACAGGUGGUGGCUGGGGAGUAUCUGGUGGUGGUUCUGGGAAAGUAGCUUCGGCUGGUUCAGGAGAAACAGGUGGUGGCUGGGGAGCAUCUGGUGGUUCUGGGAAAGUAGCUCCGGCUGGUUCAGGAGAAACAGGUGGUGGCUGGGGAGCAUCUGGUGGUUCUGGGAAAGGAGCUUCGGCUGGUUCAGGAGAAGCAGGUGGUGGGUGGAAUAGUAAUCAGUCGAACUGGAAUACGGUAAAGGCUGUUGCUAUGGAUGUUGAAAGACCCAAAGGGUCUGCUGGUGAAGGUGAUUCUUGGGGAAAAGCAACUUCAAGCACGUGGGGUGUGGCGGGAGAUGGGGGGAGCUCCUCUGGGGGAUGGAAGAAAUCUGAAGGUAGUGAUGAAGGUAAAGGGAAGGAGGAAGGGACAUCUGAUGGGUGGGGUAGUGCGGCAAAGAGCUCCUGGGGUGGUAGUAGUGGUGGUGGCAAUGGAGGGUGGUGA